AUGUUGCCAUACACCACUACACUUCCCAACGUCGCACCCUGUGAUCACAUUGCACUACACCAUGAACCUGCUGUCACUUCAGUAAAUAUAUGUCCAAACAUCCACCAGCCUGCGGACUCAUUCUUGGAAUGGCAGCGCGCACGCCCCUUCAGCGAAUUGCCUAAAGAAGGCGUUUUUAGGUUUACAUGUAAAUUUUUACCCGGAGGCCGGUAUUAUAAAUUAGACUCCAAUCAAUUGGAAAGGGCAAUGAAUGAAGAUUUUGGUGAUAUUUUCAUCGUACCAGCAGUGAUGGGUCGUCCCAAUAUCGUGGUGACACACAAUCCUGAGGACUUCGCAUCUGUGUUUCGCAAUGAAGGUAUGUGGCCAAUACGGCCGUUUGCAACGUUACGAUAUCAUCGAAAUUACCGCCAUGCAGAUUUUUACAAAGGCACUGAGGGUGUUAUGACGACGCACGGUGAGCAAUGGAGUUCAUUUCGUUCAAUUCUAAAUCCACUGCUAAUGCAGCCAAAGAAUGUUCACAAGUAUUUCAGCAAGAUGGCACAAGUGAAUCAGGAAUUCGUCGAUAGAAUCCGCUUAAUACGUGAUCCCAAGUCGCUGGAAAUGCCAGCGGACUUUGAAGAUUAUCUAAAACGCUGGACACUGGAGUCAAUAGCAGUUGUGGCACUCGACAAGCAACUUGGCUUGUUACGUGAUGAUAGCGAAAAUUCCGCAGAUGCUUUGGAAAUGAUUUCCGCCUUGAAUACUAUAUUUACGCUCACCUUUGACUUGGAAUGGAAGCCAUCACUAUGGCGGCGUGUAUCUACGCCGAAAUUCAGACGUCUAAUGCAAGCCAUGGAUGAUAUACAUAGAUUAUCAUUGAAAUAUGUAGAAAGUGGAGUCGCAAGACUGGAGGCUGAAAAGCAACGAGGCUUUCAGCGGACGGAAAAUGAGAAGAACGCGUUCGAGAAACUGUUGGACAUCGAUCAGAAAAUAGCGACUGCAACAGCCAUGGAUUUGCUGGUGGCGGGCGUUAAUACGACUUCCUCCACGGUCUCAGGCAUUCUCCUUUGCUUGGCAAAAAAUCCAGAGAAACAGGAAAAAUUGCGUGCCGAAGUAGAUCGAGUAUUACCACAAAAAGACGGCGAUUUCACAGCGGAUGCACUAGAAAACAUUCCCUAUCUGCGUGCCUGCAUCAAGGAAUCAAUGCGAGUGUAUCCAUUGUCCGUCGGCAUAGUUCGGGCGAUACAAAAUGAUGUGGUCUUGAGUGGUUAUAGAGUGCCCAAAGGCACUAUGGUGAACUUGGUUUCCUCGACUUUAUUGGCGAAUGAAAAUUAUUACCCGCGACCUUUGGAAUUUUUGCCAGAACGUUGGCUACGGCCGAGUAAGGCAGACGAUGAUCGUUCCAUGACCGAGGCAGUUGAGUGUGCGCAAGCGUUAAGACCGAGUAAUCCGUUCAUCUUUUUACCGUUUGGUGUUGGCCCAAGAGUUUGCCUAGGGCGCAGAGUUAGUGAGUUGGAGAUUGAAUUGGGCAUAGCAAGAUUGGUUAGAAAUUUUCGAAUUGAAUUUAAUUACCCCACUGAUAAGGCAUUCAAAAGUAUGUUUAUAAAUAUGCCAAAUAUACCGUUGAAAUUUAAAUUUACGGAUAUUGAAUAGGUGCGAGUAAUCAUCAAAAUUGUAUACAAAAGUGGAUAUCUAUGAAAAAUAUAUAAUAUUACAUAUAUACAUACAUACAACAAAUUUGCCCUACUCAUCCUGGAAUAUAUACAUUUAUUUGUUUACAUAUUUAUAUACAAUAAUUA